GAGAGGCUCUCCGCUGGCGGCGGCGGCGGCGGCGGCGGCGGCAGAGGCAGCGGCGGCUGCUGCGGUGCCGGGCGCCAGAGGCUGCGUCUUCAGGCCUGCCUGGGAAGUAGGUGUUUUUGGAGAAUUGUAGGAGAUUUCGGUGAGAAAGUCCUUCCUGUGAUACCACUUGUGACCAGAAAAGCAGUGCAGCAAUACAAGUACCCAGAAGGGUGAAGGCUCUGCUGGGCAAACAGCUGAAGUGUGAACCAAAACAGCUGGGCCAUAGUGUCAGACAGACUGCGACAGAGGGGAGUGGCCUUAAGCUCUGCGUCACCGCGGGGGCGGAGCCUUCUCUGAGCAGUGCCUGUGAGUUGUGUCCUGCCAGCCUUGGGGGAGGAGCUGCAUUUUACCAGGCUGCAGCUGACAAGAAGCUUCAAGUCUCGGUUAAUAGCAGAGGUGCAUGUGAUUGGAUUUUAGCCCAGAAAGGCAGUAUAACUUACGUGCCCUAGGGUGAAAAGCCUGCUUGCAAGUCAGCUGGCGUGAGGAUCGAGAUAGUUGGCUAUCACACUGCAAGACUAACCACCAGUCCACCCUACAGAGGUAUCUUCCAGAGUUCUCUUAUUCAAACAACAUGUUCAAGAAUCCUGGGGACAUAUUCGUGGAAGAAAACAUUGCACAUAAGUCAUAAACUCUUUGUGGUUCCAAAUCAAAAAGAAACUUUAGUAAGACUGGUGUUUUGUUAGGACUUGUAUUUGCAGCCACAAGGCUAGCCAAUCUCUUUGUCUGUAAUACUAACUACUUGGCACACUAAUCUAAAUCAUAAUGGAUGGUGAAUAUGUCCUGUGUAAUUGGAAAGACCAGUUAUGGCCAGCAAAAGUUUUAGAUAGGUCUGAAAGUCCAUCAGACAGUAAGAGGAAAAAGGCAUUGUCCCUAGAAGUUGAAAUACUUUCACUGGAAGAGAAAAUUACCUUGGAAAGCAAAGACACAGAAGUCCUAACCAAAUCUGCUGUUGAAGCCAUUAUGUCCUCUCUAGCAGUGCAGUCAGAGGUCGACGUCGCACCUAGAGAGGAGACAGCCUAUGAAAGAUCACUGAAAAUGGCACUGGAAAUCGUGAAAGAAAGAACAAAUCAGAGCCAAGUAAACAUGUCAGAAGAACUUACCACUACAGCAUCUGAAAAUGUACCAGAAGGUCAGCUGCCUGAUUCACCUCCUCCUAAAAAGUUCCGGAAACUUGAAAGCAACCUCCAGGAAGACUCAGCUUCCAUGUUACUAUGCUCAGAGAGUGAUGAUUCCAUGUCUGAUGAUAAGCUGCAGGUGCACGCAACCAGUGAGAGCAUGCUAAAUGAAAUGGAAACAAAGUCAUCAGAAAACUUAAGCUGUUGCCAAACAUAUCCUUCAUUUUCAGAUGAUGAUGAUAAAAAAGAAGAAAAGAAAAAGAUUGACAUCUCAGCAAUCAUGUCUGUGAAUUUAUCACUCAAAGAAGAAAGUGAUUAUAUUAAAGAAGAAAAGUUCGUCCCCUCAUCAGAAGAUCUCGCUGUGCCCAAAGAGGAGUCACAAGACAUCCUCCCAGAAGCCCAGGCUGUUUCUGCUGAAUGCUCUACUGUCUCAGAGAAUAACAUGGAAGAUCCUGGAGAAGGCCCAUCAAAUCAGAAUCCAGGCUCCUAUGCCAGCCAAAAUCAGUCUUCUGUGGAAUCAGAUGUAGGUGCUGAGACAUCCACUGCAGGGUGCUCAGGGGACUAUCAGGUUUCCCUUCCUUCCCGUGAUACAGUCAACAGUGAUCUACUAGUUCAGAGACUGGAUUUAGAAGAUCUUGAGGAAGAAGCCCGAGCUUCUGGCAAGCUUUUGUCUCUAAAUCCUGCCUGUGCAGCUGCAUUAGAAAAUGAUGAUGAAGAUGACGAUGAAGACCUUCCACGUUUCAUUCUCCGUUAUGAGACACGUGCAUUUGAAACCGGAAUGAUAGUGUGGUUUAAAUACCAGAAAUACCCAUUUUGGCCAGCAGUGAUCAAAAGCAUUAGGCGGAAAGAGAGGAAAGCGAGUGUGCUUUUGGUUGAGGCAGACAUGAAUCCUCAAAAGAAAGGUGUUAGAGUAUCUUUGAGAAGGCUGAAAAAAUAUGACUGUAAAGAGAAACAGGCACUAGUGGAGAAAGCCAGGGAGGAGUACCGGGACAGCAUCGAUUGGUGCGUGUCACUGAUUUGUGACUACCGAGUUAGGCUAGGUUGUGGCUCUUUUUCUGGCUCGUUCUUUGAGUAUUACGCUGCUGACAUCAGUUAUCCAGUCAGGAAAAUCAUCAAACAAGAUACCUUCAGAAAUAUAUUUCCAAAGCUAUACAAUGAUGACGUCGGGGAGCAGUUGCCUGUGGCAUCCCAAGCCAAGAGAGCAUCUUUCCAGAAAAUUCUCCCUGACCGGAUGAAGCCUGCUCGGGACCGAGCUAACAAGAACCUGGUAGAUUUCAUUGUCAAUGCAAAAGGAACAGAGGACCACCUCCUGGGCAUUUUAAAGGGCACAAAAAAAUCCAAGUGGCUGAAAUCAUUUCUGAAUGCAAAGAGUUUCACACCCUGUAUUGAAACCUACUUUGAAGAUGAAGAUCAACUGGAUGAGGUAGUGAAAUAUCUACAAGAAAUUUAUAAGCAAAUUGACCAGAAGAUGCUGACUCUGAUCAAAGAUGACAAAAUUAAGUUUGUCUUGGAAGUUCUUCUACCAGAAGCAAUUAUUUGCUCGAUUUCUGCUGUUGAUGGCUUAGAUUAUGAGGCGGCUGAGGCAAAGUAUUUAAAGGGACCAUCCCUCGGCUGUAGGGAGAGAGAAUUAUAUGAUUCCAAAAUCCUAUUUGAAAAGAGACGGAGGUCAUCACCAAAUGCAGGCCAUUAAAUAUGCCAAGAGUUAAAACCAACAUGGAAGCUAGAUGAAGCUUUGGAAAAGUAAUCUUCUAAAAGUUCCAACCCCUAAAUAUUUGCUGAAAAUGAAGGGAGGGUCUUUGAAUUCUAAGUUCUUUUAUUUUUGAAGAUCUUUGUGAUCUGCCGAUGCUAAUACAUCCACCUUUAUUUUCUUGUGCUUCUUCAGAUUCAGCUUCAUCAGUAUAUUUUUAGCAGUUUGACUUUCUAAUAUAUUUUGGAAUGCAUAAUUCUUAGGCAACUUUAGGAGAAACCAUUAUUUUGUUUUAUGAUAUUUUUGCAUCUUUGCUGUAUAGGUAAAUACAUUAUGCACAUUCAGUUCAAGAAAACUGCACUGGUGUUAGAUUUUAAGCAAGA